UGUCACUCCUUCAACCUCGGCCUAGAAGUGUGUCGCGGUCAACCUCUCCUCAUCCUUUCCCCAACUCAUGCAUUCUGCGACGUAUGCAACGGGGAAACGAUAUGGCGUCUUGGGAUACCUACCGGAGCCGGGCUCAAGGGAGGCUGAGCUAUGGGAGCUGAACCGAACACAAUCUCCUUUCCUGCGCCUCCCGCCAGAGAUACGCAACAAGAUAUACCGGCUUCUCCUAUCCAAUAUGGGCAUUCAUGUUCUCCAUGACCCCAAAACGGGAUCCUUCCACUGCCUUGCCCUCCGACCCGGCGCGAACCCCUGGACUUCCGUCCCCGCGACUACUACUACAUCCCCCGCGAGGCAGAUAGUAGAACCAGAAAGAGGAGAUACCACCCCCAAGACCAGCACCAAAAAGAAGAGGUCUUCACGACAGCAGGCCGCGGUGCUGGGACGGGGGCUGACGCUGCUGGUGCUGGUCUGUAGACAGCUCUACCACGAGACGGAGCUGAUUCCGUACCGCGAGAACGCGUGGAGCUGGGCUACGCCGGGGUUGAUGGAGCGGUAUCUGCUCACGGAGCGGCGGAUGGGGUUCGCGCAGAGGAGGGUGCUGAGGGAGGUUUGCGUUCGGGGGGUUGCGGGGUUUGGGAAUUGUAGUCGGAGGGUUAGGGGGGUUUUGGGCGGGUUGGAGGUUGUUUGGUUUUGGCAGGGGAAGGGAGGGCUUGGGGGUUGGGUGUGUGAGGUUGUUGAGAGGGGGAAGGUUGAGGUUGGGGUUGGGAAGCCGAAUUGA